AUCAAAGCUCACAUCAACCACUCGAUCAAAAGAAAAGGAAAAAAAAAAGAAAAAAGUUGAGGAGAAAUUUCCCUGAGAAGUUAUAAAAGAAAAGAUCUUCCUUUAAUCCGAUUGGGCGACGUAGAAUUUAGUACUACCACCCCAUGAGCCCGUGAUUGAAUCAGAUUUAUCGAAUCAUCAAACCAAAAGCAGGAAAAAGAAGUAAAAAAAAGAGAGAGAGAGAGAAAGAAAAGGGAAAAGGGAAAAAAAUCCAAGACCCAACAUCCGAAUCCAAGAAAAGUAAAAUACCCAUUUCGAGAUUUCCGAGAAUCUCCUCUCCUAACCGAUAAAAAUCCCACCUUUUUUUUAACUUUUCCCCGUUAAUUCCCCUGUUCAUGGGUGCACAGUCGUAUCAGAAUAGUAUAUAUGGCUAGGAUUACCGCAACACGUUGUUGUCGAAUCCUUUGAUCCUUCCUUUUAUCUUAUAUAUAUAUAUAUAUAUCACUAUUAUUAUUAUUGUUGUUGUUGUUGUUGUUGUUGAAUUUGAAUUUAGAUUUUAUUAUUAUUAUUACUUUUCUUUUUCUUUUUCUUUUUUUUGCGGGGGGGUACCUGGAUGGGUUCUUUAAUUGCUCCUCGCUUUUGUUUUGUUUGGGUUCGGUGUUUGUUUCCAGUUUCGCCAAAUGAUGGAUUUUUAUUGCGUUGUUUGACUCCGCGUGGUGUGGGAGCGACGCUUUUGGGUUGGUUUGCGAGAGCGAGAAAAGUUGGAGCCAAAGGAGAGAUUUUGGGGAAUUGGGUUCGUCGCGUUUUUGAUUCGGGGGGUGGGUUUGUGAAACUUUUUUUGUUUUUUUGUUUUAAAUUUGAAUCGCUUUUUGGAGAAUUUUUUUGUUGUUAUAUGCGUGUGUGAUCGUAAAGAGAGGUCGGAGUUCUAGGGUUUGGUUUUUCCCCGCCCCCUCUUUGUUUACUUUACUCUUCGCCUCUCCUCUUUCGCCCUCUUCUUUGGGUGGUUCCUCAACGCCGCUUCUUUGCGUCGGAUUUGUCGAUUUUCUCAUCUGGGUCGGCGAUUUUCGCUCGAUUUCGCAUCUGGGUGUUCGUCUUUUGGCUGAUUGAAGAGGGAUUUGAGUCGUUUUGGUGCGAAAGGUUUGGAUUUGGUGAGGAUUUUGGUGCUAUAAAGCAGAUAUUUUGGUGUCAGAAAUUUGGGGGCGAAGGAUUUUGAUUUUGUUGCGAAAAGUUUUUUUUCCCCAACAUUUUCUUCCGAGUGUCAUGUAAGUAUGAUGAUCCAAGCUCAAGGUUUUGGAAGAAGAAAUUGCAGGCUCCUCGCCGUGUUAUGCGGCAAAUUUGCCGAUAAGCGAAGGGAGGGGCCGGAACAAUGUUCUUCUUCGUAUCCUUUUCCUGAGCUUAUCUCUUCGGGGCGCCUAGAGGUUCAUGUACUUCUUAAUCCCACAUUGGAUAAAUUUGGAGAGGCUCAGAAGCUGUUAGAGCCAAAUUUGCUUUAUGUUCAAGGGGAACUAUCUGGGGAUGGCGAAAGAAUCGGUUCGCUUGUUUGGGGAAGCGUCGAUUUGUCUGAGCCCCAAAUGUUUAGCUCGCUUAUUGGCCCUUCUUUACCUACAAUAGUUUAUUUGGAGAUACCAAGUGGAGGUAAAACCGCACACGCGCUACAUUCGAAGGGAGUACCAUAUGUCAUUUAUUGGAAGAAUGCAUUUUCAACCUACUCAGCGACUCACUUUCGCCAAGCAUUGCUCUCUGUUGUGCAGAGUUCAUGUAGCCAUAUUUGGGAUGCAUUUCAACUUGCAAAGGCAUCUUUCCAACUAUAUUGUGUUCGAAACAACUAUGUUUUACCGGCUGAUGGUCCAAAGGUCAAUGGGAAAUUGGGUCCCCGUUUACUUGGGGAUGCUCCUAAAAUAAAUAUCGCUCCUCCGGAAAAAGUUAUGGGGGAAGGAGAAGAAGAGGAAAACUCUUCUGAUGGCCUUCCUGCAAUACAAAUAUACAGUGAUGAUGUGGAUAUGAGCUUUCUUGUUUGUGGAGUUCCCUGCACAUUGGAUGCUUGUCUGUUGAGUUCGUUGGAAGAUGGCCUUAAUGCUCUUUUGAACAUAGAAAUUCGUGGGAGCAAACUACAAAAUCGAGUGAGUGCCGCUCCUCCUCCUCUUCAAGCCGGAGCAUUAUCUCGUGGAGUUGUCACAAUGCGGUGUGAUAUCACAACUUCUAGUUCUGCCCACAUCUCGCUUUUAGUAUCUGGUAGCGCACAGACUUGUUUUGAUGACCAGCUCUUAGAGUGCCAUAUAAAGAAUGAGCUCAUUGAGAAGAGUCAUCUUGUUCAUGCUCUUUCAAGUCAUGGUCAAAGACAUCCAAAUUUGUACGAACCUCUUAGAUCCAUCUCUAUAGCUUGCGGGGCAUCAGUACUUGAAGUUUGGAUGAAGCUUCCAUCUUGGGCUGCUCAGGUCUUGAAAAAUCUUGCACGUGAAGUCUCUUAUCGCAGCUUGGUUGCUCUCGGCAUUGCAAGUGUUCAGGGCAUUCCGGUUGCUUCCUUUGAAAAGGAAGACGCAGAACGCCUUCUUUUCUUUUGUAACGGACAAGAUAGUGGUUUCCAUAUUCCAGCUGAUUUGCUUUCUCGCAUGCCUACUUGGUCGUCCUCUUUUACAAGAAAAAGGUCCGCACCAAAUCCAGAAACAAAACCAAUAAUAACCAACAAUACUACGAGCAAAAAAAGGUUGAGGUUUGGGAAAGAUUAUCAAGCCUUAAAGAGGGAGGGGGAGCUGGUUACUUGCAGAUUGAAAAUUGAUGCAAUAAGGCCUAUUCCUCACUCUCGACAGAAAAUACUUCCAUUUUUGGCAGUUCAUGAGACAGAUACUCGUGAUGAGAUUAAGGCAAAGCCCAGCCAUAUGAUUGUACAAUCCUCAAAGACUGCUUCAGUAACACACCGAAAAUCCACGUCAAGUUCGGCACAUCCGCAGCCGCUAAUUUCUGUAAAUCCUUUGCCAUUGAAGAAGCACGAGUGCAACCGGGCUCCAAUUCAAAUCUGUUCUGAAGAGGAAUUCCUCAAGGAUGUCAUGGAGUUUCUUAUUCUCAGAGGACAUAGUCGGCUCGUUCCCCAAGGCGGCAUAGCAGAGUUUCCUGAUGCUAUACUCAAUGCGAAGCGAUUAGACCUGUUCAAUUUGUAUAGAGAGGUUGUUUCGCGAGGAGGAUUUUAUGUCGGGAAUGGCAUAAAUUGGAAAGGACAGGUUUUCUCGAAGAUGCGUAACCAUACUGCUACAAACAGAAUGACAGGUGUGGGCAAUACACUUAAGCGGCAUUACGAAACUUACCUCUUGGAGUAUGAACUUGCACACGACGAUGUUGAUGGAGAGUGUUGCUUACUGUGCCACAGUAGUGCUCCUGGAGACUGGGUAAACUGUGGCUUGUGUGGUGAAUGGGCCCAUUUCGGUUGCGAUCGAAGGCAGGGUCUUGCUUCUUUUAAGGAUUAUGCUAAGACAGACGGUUUGGAAUAUAUAUGCCCUCAGUGCAGUCUGACAAAUUUCAAGAAGAAAUCGCAGAAAGUGGCGAACGGAUAUUCAAACACAUCGAUUCUUUCUCGUACUGUAUAGUAGUCUUUUCCAGUUAUUAACCUUUUUUUUUUUUUUUUACCCCCUUAUAGUUUAAUUAAGUAGAAAGCCCCAAUUUCGUUGGGCUUGUAAUCUGUGUUUAUAUGGAUUGUAGCCUCAUUUGUCUCACCCUUUUUUCCCCAUGUUAUCUCAUCACAUGUAGCCCCUUAACCAACAACAGAAGCAUAAUUACCAGGAAAUAUUGUAUCUUUUAAGCUGGAAACUUUAAAUUUCAUGUCCUUUUAAUGCGAAUUUCGCUAGCUGGGGCUUACAGUGUAUCAGCAUUUUGAUCUAAUCUAACUUUUACAGGGGAUGCUCAUGUAUAA